GGGGGGCGAGGUGGCUGCUAGUGCGCACGCGCGAAUCCCACUUCUGGCUUUCUCUCUUCCCCUCCCCCUCCCUUCCCCAGCCCGAGGGGUCCUGAGGUGACAGCGCCUCGGAGUGGGACUGGAGGAGCCGGCGGAGGAGAAGAUGGACAGGGCCAGGCCUGGGCGUCGGCGAGCUUCUUCAGAGAUUGUUACAGAGGGAAAAAGGAAAAAGUCAUCACCAGCUGAUUUACAGAAGAUAACAAAGUUGUUAACUGUAAAGUCAGAGGAUGUUCCUGCUCAGUCACCAUUGUCCAAACUCAGAGACUCAGAAUGCUGGGAUUUUCCUUUGGAGGGGUGGACAAGAAGCCUAAGAAAUAAAGUCAUCUGUCUAGACCACAAAAACACAAAAGCUGCUCAUGGGUGUCCUCCUAAGGCAUUACCAAAAAGGCAUCUCAGAGUUAUGUUGACGAAUGUUCUGUGGACGGACUUAGGACGAGAAUUGAGAAAGACCCUGCCUAGAAAUGAUGCUAAUUUAUGUGAUACCAGCAAGGUGCAAUCAGACUCACUGCCUUCGACCUCUGUUGACAGCAUAGAGACAUGUCAGAGAUUAGAUCCUCUUCACCAAAGCCUUAAUUUAUCUGAAAGGAUACCCAGAGUUAUAUUGACGGAUAUCCGGCAAACAGAAUUAGGAAGAAAAUACUUAAAGAUCCCAUCUGUAUCUGAGGCCAAUUUGAAUGAUACAGCCAACCUGAAAUCAGAACAACUUUCUUCAUCAUCUGACAGCAGCUUAGAGUUUUGUCAGAAUGUAAAUCAUCACAAGAGCUUUUUAUCUGAAAGGGACCCCAAGCCAAGUAGGACAGGUGACGCUCCUGCAAAGGAGACUGCAUAUGGGAAACAGAAGCAAGGUGAUGAUGGAGGAGGCGCUCCCGAGAUGGCUGCUCCUCAGCGUAAAGACUUUAAUAGUGGAAAUAAAGGUUGUGAUUAUCUUGAAGAGGGGACCAGCAACAAGAAUACUUCACAUUCUUAUUCAGAAAUGGACCAUACUCCAGUUUCCAGGAAGAGAAAGAAAAGGGGUAGAAGUAAUUUUCAUGAUUCUCAUAAUUCUAAGUCUUCUUUGGAUAAGCCAACAGAAUAUAUAAAAGAAGAGGAAAAUGACCCUUCAGUCUCCAGUAAGCUUGAAGAGUCGAGUGAAGACUCUCACCAGGACCCAGCACCACCCGAAGAACUCACACCCGACUCUUUAGAGAGCGAGGCCACCAGCCCGUGCUCAUUCACAGUUCAGGAGCCAGAUCUUAGUACUGCCUCUGGAAGGGCCUCUUCACCCAAUAGAAACCUGGAGAGCUGUGUUUCUAGUGAAGCGGCGGGGAAGUCUUCCGUGUCUGCGAAGGAUGAGGGGUUGACUAUAAGAGAAGCAUGUCCUCCAGGUGGAAACAGUGAAGAGAACCAGUUGUUGCUCUCUGCCGAGCCAAUUGUAGUUUCCAGUGAUGAAGAAGGACCGGUUGAACACAAGAAUUCAGUAAUUCUAAAAUUACAGCAUCAUCAAGAUUAUGAGAUUAUGAGUGAAAACCAGAGUACUUGUGAUCCACAGUUGUCAGAACUCACACUAGGUGCAUGUGAAUCUGUACAGGUAUCAUCUGAAUUAUCUCCAUACAAUUCUGACAUAGAAAACAUUUCCUGUAUUAAACCUAAUAGUGAAAUGGAUCUAAAAUUGGAUUUCAUAUUUACUUGUGUGUAUAUUGGUAAAAUAAAAGGAACUUCAAAAGGUUGUGUCACGUUCACAAAGAAGUAUAUUAAAAUCCCAUUUCAAGUGUCUGCGAAUGAGAUUUCACUGACAGUGGACACCGCCCGUUUAAAGAGGUUCGGGCUGUGGGAAAGCAAGGAUGACAACUGCAGUGAGAGGAGCCACGCUAUCCUUUUCCUCUGGGUUUCCUCAAGCUACCUUCACGACAUUCAGACCCAGUUAGAAAACCCUUUGCUAAGCCAGCAGUCAAAAGCCAAUGAAUUUAUUUUCCUUGAGUUAACCAGUUCCAUUUCACAAAGAGAAGAAUUGAAAUUGAAAGAUAUUAUGAUGGAAAUCAGUACGACCAAUGGAGAAUUAUACCUGUCUUGUCCAUUGCCGUGGGUUCAGGCGAUUCCUUUGUUUCAGGAUCUCUCUCCACAGGAAAUCUCCUUUCUUCACUAUUACUCUGCUUCAGCCUCCUCUUCCCCUGCUGCUACUGGUGCAGACUUGAAGAAGCCAGUGUCUCAGCCCUCGGAUUCAGACACCAUUAGGCCUACUUACACCUUCCUCCAUAAACAGAGCAGUGGCUGCUACUCGCUCUCUAUCACUUCAAAUCCAGACGAAGAGUGGCGGGAAGUCAGGAACACGGGACCCGUUCAGAAGUUGAUCGUUUACCCUCCCCCACCUACUAAGGGUGGCCUGGGAGUAACCAGUGAAGAUCUGGAGUGUUUGGAAGAAGGAGAGUUUCUUAACGAUGUGAUCAUCGACUUCUACCUUAAGUAUCUUCUAUUGGAGAAGGCAUCAGAUGAACUUGUUGAGCGAAGUCACAUUUUUAGUAGCUUUUUCUAUAAAUGCUUGACAAGAAAGGAAAAUAAUUUAACAGAAGAUAAUCCAGAUCUUUCAAUGGCUCAGAGGAGACACAGAAGAGUGAGAACAUGGACUCGUCAUAUAAACAUUUUUAAUAAAGACUACAUCUUUGUACCUGUAAAUGAAUCGUCUCACUGGUAUCUUGCAGUCAUUUGUUUCCCAUGGCUAGAAGAAGCUGUGUAUGAAGAUUUCCCUCAAACUGUGUCCCAACAGUUCCAGGAUCAGCAGUCUCAACAUGGCAACAAAAUGAUAGAUAAUGAUCCACACACCACUUCAACUGUGUCUACGAGUGCAGAGGAUUCUCAAGGAAGAAAUGUGACUCUACAGGCUUAAUCAGGUUUGAAUAUGCUUGGCCCAGGGAGUGGGACUACUAGGAGGUGUGGCCUUGUUGGAGGAAGUGUGUCACUGUGGGACUGUGAUUUGAGAGAGCUUCUUCCUAGCUGCCUGGAAAGUAGUAUUUUUCUGUCUGCCUUUGGAACAAGAUGUAGAUCUCUCAGCUCAUUCUCCAGCACCAUACUUGUGGCAGCAUACUGCCAUGCUUCCCACCUUGAUGAUAAUGGACUGAACCUCUGAGCCUGUAAGCCAGCCCCAGUUAAAUGUUGUCCUUUAUAAGAGUUGCCUUGGUCAUGGUGUCUCUUCACAGCAGUGGAAACCUUAACUAAGACAGAAGUUGGUGCCAAGGACUUGGGUUUUGCUGUGAUAGGCCUGACCAUGUUUUGUUUGGAGGAAUGUGGAUUAGAAAGCAAUAAAAUGCUUUAACUGGGACUUAAUGGAGACAUCCUAGAAGGAGUAUGGAAGAUAUUGUUGCUGUGGGUGAUUUGAACUGUAGGGUCCUGGCUCUAAAUGUUUCAGAGGAGAGAAAAUUUAAUAUUUGACCUAGAGAUUCUUCUUGUAGUAUUUUGAUAAAAGAAUGUGGCUGCUUUUUGCCUUUGUCCAAAGAGACUACCUGAGACUAAAAGAUGAAGAGACUAAGAUUAAUUGCUUUGAAAAAGGAAUUCUCAAAAGAGCCUGGUAUACAUUCUGUUGUGUGGUUACUAAAGUUCACUCUUAUGUAGAGCAUUUUAAUGAAAAGUAGCAAGCAUAGAAAGAAAAAAAUUACAAAAUGUAUGGGUGAAGAAAGAGGAAAGGAGCACCAGGAUGUGUAAUGAAGUGGAAUCCUGUGUUCAAGGAUACUAAAUAGAAUAUGGAGUGCUGGCCUUGGGGCAAGAUCCCACCCAGCUAAAUUUAGGCUUUUCCAGUUAAACAAGGGACUUGGUUAUUGUUUUGAUUUGGGAUUUUUAAUCUGAAAUGAACUACAGCCCAGAAAUGGAGAGCUCAACUGUGAUCCAGAUCUUGAGGUUGGAAGACACAGGCUUUUGAUCCAGAUCUUAUGAAUGGUGGCCAUGAAAACAUGGUGGCACAUACCUUUAUUUCUAGGAGACAGACACAAGCAGAUCUCUGAGUUCAAGGCCAGCCUGGGACAGAACAAGUUCAAAGUAGAGAAAAGCUUAGGUCCAGAUGUGGUGGUGCACACCUUUAAUCCCUGAACUCAGGAGAUAGGCAUGCAGAUCUCUGAGUUUAAGGUCAAUCUACAGAGCAAGUGUCAGGACAGCCAAGCUUAGGCAGCGAAGGAGUUGGAAAACAGAAAGCUGGUGAUAAUGAAAUAGAACAAGGGGGCCAUGUUCCAGCUCCAGCAAGCAGCAGAACUUAGCAGCUUUGGCCAUCUAUCUCUGGCUUUUGAGUCAAGAGGAGAGGAGACUACUGGAUUAAUUGAUUCCUGUUAGCUGGAGCUAAGAAAUUUGUGUUAAUUAAGAAGAGACCAGCAUCGCUGAGAUGAAAUCAUCUGGGAGGUAUUUUUCUGAAAGCACAAAGAACCUGUGUUCUAGAGGUAGCCAUGGUACACUGGACUUGUUAAUUUGUAAGAGUCGCCCAGGUGGUACUGGUUUUGACAUCACGAAGGGGUCAUGGAGAGCUGCUGGGGCUUGGCACUGUGAGAGGUCAUGGAAGGCCAAUGGUGAAGGUGCAGCCUCAGUUGCAAUUGCAGGCCGAGGACUGAAGGGGUCAUGCAGAGAAGUUGAGGCUUGGUAAUGUGAAGAGAGCCUAUGAGAGGCCAUUGGUGAAGCCUAGUUGCAGUGGAAGACCCCAGUGUAGUAUUGGAGAUGCCAGUACCGUGUGAUGAUCUCUAAGAACAGCAGCACCAGUGCUUACAGUGCUACAGAGGGCAGUUGGAGAAAUGACCCAAGCCCUUUUGAGAAGCCCAGAAGAUCGUGUGUGGUUCCUAGACACUGGAAAAAGAAGCUGUGAAGUUGAAGUAUUAUUGGAUACCCCAAGAUGUUAGAGAUGUCAGAGCUGUGGGCUAUCUGCUGAGGAAAGCUGCUAACAGGGAGUAGAACCAGCCCAAGAGAAAGAAGCAUGUUACAGUCAACAAAGAUAAAGGAGUUGGAGAUCUGAAGAGUGCUUUGAAAUCAGACAUGGAGAUGCUGAGUUUGGAGUUUGCCCAGCUGGCUUUUGGUCUUGCUUUGGUCCAGUAUUUCCUUACCAUAACAUUUUGGAAAGGUAAUGUAUAUUCUUUAGGAUGUUGGAGGUAUGUAAUCUGCUUUUUGAUUUCUUAAUGGAAAUUUCAUAGAGAUUGCAUGAAUCUCAGAAGAGACUUUGAACUUUGGACUUUUAACGAUUUAGAGACUAUUAGACUCUGGGAUUUUUGAAGAUGGACAAAAUGUAUUUUGCAUUAUGCUAUGACUAAGUAUGGUUCCCCCCAUAGACUCAUGUGUUUGAGACCAUGUGUUUGAAUCAGCCUAUGGAGGUCAGGGAGUGUAAUGUGGUAGUUUGAAUAUGCUUGGCCCAGGUAGUAGCAGGAAGUGUGGCCGUGUUGAAAGAAGUGUGUCACUGUGGGGAUGGGAUGUGAGAGGCCUUUCUCCUAGCUUUCUGGAAGCCAAUCUUUUUCUGUUUGCCUUUGGAACAAGAUGUAGAACUCUCAGCUCGUUCUCCAAUGCCAUGCUUACUUGCAUGCUGCCAUGCUUCCUGUCUUGAUGAUAAUGGACUAAACCUCUGAACCUAUAAGCUAGCCCUAAUUAAAUGUUGUCCUUAAAAGAGUUGCCUUGGUCAGGAUGUCUCUUCAUAGCAAUGGAAACCCUAACUAAGACAGUUAAGUAACAGAAUGUGUGUAGACACAAGUUAUCUUAUUUGUCUUUAAGAUAAUAAAUGAAUAAAAAGAAACUUUUACGUUGUGGCUUAGACCAGGGCAGAGAGCGUGCCCGAGGUCAGUGUGGACGUGCUUCAUCAGUGAGCUUUGGGGAAUGGAGUGAGCCUGAUUUAUUUCAGAGUCAUCUGUGGAGGAAAGAAUUCUCAUUUGUAAAUUUAAUUUCACUAUUUGAAACACUUUAAAGAAUGAGCAGCUAUUAAUGUAUUUAAGCUAGCUUAAAUUGUAAGAAAAAAUUCAUGUUA